AUGUCUACUUCGGGAACGACUAUUCCGCGAAAAAAAACCAAAAAAAAUGUUGCUGGUGCUCGCACAGACCCGACAUGGAAGCAUGGCAUUGAAGUUGCACCACGAAAAGUACAAUGUAAGUACUGUCAGGUUGUUCGUCAUGGUGGCAUUUAUAGGCUAAAACAUCAUUUGACUUGUACUAGUUUUAAUGUGUGUCCAUGUCCUCAAGUCCCUGAUGAUGUUAGAAGAGAAAUUGUUGAAAUGUUGAGUAGUAACAAUGCUGGAUCAAGUAAAAAAAGAACAAUUAGUGAGACUGGUAGUUUCUCGGUUGAUGGGGAUGUUGAAGUCUUAACAUUCGAAAUAGAGGAACCAGAUGAUGCGAUCUUUCUUGUGAAAGAAAGUUCAAACCAUGAUGCGGACCGUACAUUAGCUUAUUGCUUCUGGGGAUAA